AUGAUGAGCAACACGUGAUUCAUUUCAUCAUGGCACAAUAAUUUCAAUUGUGUUGAAAUUAUUUGAUUUGUGCAAUUUAUUACGAAUGAAAUCAAACAUUCCAAAACAUUUUAUACCGGUAACCAGAAAUUCUGAAUUGUUAAAUAUAACCUGCUCGACAUAUGCACAUUCAAACACCUGUCACACACACACACAUACAACCUUGCAAAUUAGCAAUCAUAUAAUUCGAAAAACAAAAUGUUUAAUCGAUUUCACCAAAACAAAACAAAAAAACAACCACAUUUCAUUCAUUUACAUCAAUCAAAUUAUCCAAUGACAUACACAUGGUGCACAUUAUUACUGAUGGGAGGGACUUGAUGACAAAAAUCCAACAAUUUUUUUCAUCCAAAUCGCAUGAUUUUGGUUGUACUUUUUCCACGACUCGACUAUCUAUAUCUUUGUACAUUUUCACUUUUAAUUAGCACCGAUAAUAAUCAAAUCUAUCGCUUUUUAUACAGAUUUAGGAUGAAUGAUUUUUUUCCCUAUUCAAUGACAAGUAGCAAUCAUUAUCAUAUAUACAACAAAAAAAACUGAUCAUAACUUUUGACGAAAACUUUAUUUUUUUUUUGUAAUAACCAAUGGCUUUAAUUGAAUUUGUUGGCCAAGUGGCCACCAUAUUUACACUUUUUUCAUUUUUGACUGGAAUUCCAAUAUGUCGAAGUAUUCAAUUGGCUGGUUCGACUGAUAAUUUUUCUUCAUUACCAUUUCUUGUUGGAAACAUGUGUGGAUAUCUAUGGCUUCGAUAUGGUUUUAUGCUCGAUGAUCCUACAAUGAUAUUUGUCAAUGUGAUUGGAUUUACAUUACAAUCAAUCUAUUUAUUUUGGUUCUAUCUUUACACUGUUCCGAAGAGCAAAAUUAAUCGUCCAAUUAUUGCCGUACUCAGUUUCAUAUUUUUUGUACAUUUAUAUAUACAAUAUUCAAUUGAACCAGAAUAUCUUGUUGGUUUAAUGGCCUGUUUAUCAUCGUUAUUCUUUUCAAUAUCACCAAUGCCAUUAGUAUUCGAAGUGAUUCGAUCCAAAUGUACUGAACGUCUUCCAUUCAGUUUGAUUGCAUCAUCAUUCAUGGUUACAUUAUUGUGGUUUAUAUAUGGUUCAUUGAUUGGUGAUUCAUUUGUAAAGAUACCAAAUGGUAUUGGUGCAAUCAUUUACGGUAUACAAUUAAGCCUAUUCGCUAUUUAUCCAUCCAAACGUAAUAUUCAGUGAAUUCAUUCUGGUGACAAAAAAAAAUACACUGAGCAUUUUAUCGUGGAAUUGAAGUAAAUUUUGAAUUUCAGGCAAUUAUGAUCCAAUGUUAUCGCUUUUAUUUUCCUGUAAUUUUGUUUUUUUUUUUUUGGUAAAGAUUUGCUACCAAAUUCAAAAAUUUAUUGAACAAAAAAAUAAAUAAAUAAACC